AUGAAGGACUUUCCAGAUUACUCCUUACCGCGAGGCGUCCAUGCCGUCCCGCGCGAGUUCUUAGACACGCGACCCGAUGAUAAACUCGACAAUGAUAUCAUGCACCCGAGGCCCGUCUCGAGCGAGAAGAAUGUCUGGUUCUUCUGGCACGCGGGCUACGAGAUGAUGCAUCCGUACACAAAACGCAACGUGCGUGCCUGGCAUCGGCGCCUGUCGAAGCGCGGCUGGACGGUGCGGGUUCUUGACCGCGCGCCGGGCUCGCUUUCUAACGUGGCUAAUUUUCUUGACGUCUCGGAUCCGCACACGUUCCCGCGCGCAUUUAUCGAGUCUACUAUCGGCGGCCGCUACGCCAUGCAGCACGUGUCUGAUCUCGUGCGGUGGCCGCUGCUGCUUCGGUACGGCGGCAUGUAUGCGGACGUCGGUCUGAUGCAGAUCGGAGACCUAGAUAGGCUGUGGAACGAAACUAUCGCCAAUCCUGACUCGCCCUUUGAGGUACUCUCAUACAACCUAAACGGCGGCUUAGCCAACUAUUUUCUUGCGUCGCGCCCGGGAAAUGCCUUUUUUGACAGGUGUCACCGGCUAUUUCUUGCUCUUUGGGCCGAAGACGGCGGGAAGACGAGCACCGACGGGAUGCAUGCCAGCCCGCUGCUCAAGGGUGUCCCGCUUAUGAGAAGUUCGGCUACGAUUAAGGAAGACGGAAAGAUUAUCGGGACCGACGAGCUGCAGAAGAUGUUGAGCGACUAUAUCGCCCAGGGCCAGGCGACGUCGAUGGUCAUGGGCUUAGUCGACGACGAGGACGGAUGGGACGGGCCACGCUACGUUUCGGAGCAUAUAUACGCCGUUGAUUAUAUGGAAGGGUCUCAGCUGAUCAACGAAAUUACUGGUUGGGAUGGAAAGAAGGCGUUCCAUCUCAUGUCUCUCCUCCUCCCGAAGCGCGGCGAAGCGGAAAGCGCCGAGCAGAAACAGGCGCGAGAGAUUCUAGAGGCUUGUUUGCGGAGGAGCUUCGGAUUCAAGCUCGCGCACGGCUUGAUCAUAAGGGUAUUCAAACAUACGCUGGGAUCGCUGUGGAGAGAUCAUGAGGGCUCGGAUGACGUGCCGGGGACCUACGCGCACUGGUUGAGACGCGGGACGGCUUACUGGAACCAAGACGAGUUGCCACCAGCUUUAGAAUUUGGAGUCGUAGAACCAUUUAAGAGAGGUCCUUUACUAAGGGAGAAAUAG